ACUGCCUCGGUCAGCCAUACAGCUAUUUAUAAAUAACUUUUCCGGGGUCAAAAUGGAAUGGGAGUUAUCAACAGCAAGUGUACAUAAAAUCAGAACUCAACUAAAAGUUAGCCGCACCAUCAACGGACCCACAUGUAUCGUUCAUUUUCCAGAUGGUGUCUCAGACCUAUUUGAUGAUCCCUCACCACAUUCACGCAGUAGGCACAUUCCACUUCUACGGUUUCUUCGACUGUUUGACCUAUCAAUGGAAAUCAGUAACGCAUCUCUGCCAGGAGAUCCCAAUAUCUAUCUCGAAAAUAAAACGGCCUUUGCUGACAAAUUUAUAUACGUUGCCUCAAGUAAACUAGAAAUUCACCAAAGUUUUUACACGUUGUCUUGUUUGCAUCUGCCAUUUGACUGCUACACUACAUUGCAUUAUGUUGGGAAAAGUUCGCAUUGCAAAAUGCUUGAAAUGAAAAAUAAAAACAAUAUGCAAUGGUUUGCACGACUGUUUCAGCAAAACAUCAGAAUCGAUCCGGUCACCAGAAAACCUCUAGAACUCGACCCUUCUUGGCGAGAAAAGUAUGGCCCAAUGUGUACAGGUUCUUCGUUUGUUAUGGAAAAAUUACGCAGACCCGAUAUAUGCUUGGCAAAAGAUCACUACAAGAUUCAAACAUCGGACAUUGACAGCCAAAACCACACCAACUGGCUUGCUUAUGUUCAGAUUUGUAUGAAUGUCUGCAAACAAGGUCUAGACCAGAACCUAUUUAGCAGACUUUUAAUUAAGAACGUUGAAAAUGGGUUGAAGGAGUUCCAGAUAAGAUACGAAAACGAGGCUUUGGUGGAUGAAGACGUCGUAGUUCACGCUUGGGAGACUUCGGGUAGUUGUGAUCAACUAUGUUUUGAGCUAACUAGGGGAUGCGAUGUGUGUAUCCAAGCAACCAUGACUUUUCAUCGAAGUUUAAUUAAUAAUUGUCACUUUUAUUCACAAAAAGCAAAGAUAUAAUUCAGUUAUAUAUAUGAAUUAACAUAAUAAAAUUAUAUCGACAUUU